AUGUCGACAGACACGCAUUUUAUUCACCUACAAAAUGUUGUACACUCAGCAAGCAGCGAUGAUCCCGCAUUCCCAUCUUUCUUGGAUGAACUUGCAACAGCCUUUUAUAAGCGCUUUACACUCACUGGGCAAUACGAAGACCUAGACAAGUCAGUUCAAAACUGGUCACAGGCAGCCAAAUUAGCGUCCGAGAACCAAGACAAGCUCCAGAAUCUCCAAAUGAUCACUAAUGCAAUAGAUUGUACGCGGAUUGCUACCGAAAACCUUUCCAAAGAUUCAAACGACGCCCAACGCCACUCUUGGCUCAGCGAACUAAGUAAUAUGUAUUUUUCUCGGUAUCGUCUAUUGAAGCAACUUCCUGACUUGGACUCGUCCAUUGCUUAUUUACGCCCUACGCUUAACCUACGUGACGAUAUUAGCAAGCCGGAUUUAGCCCUUCGAACCGAAAGACUUGGGAAUCACUUGCUCACUCGAUACGUCAAAGCCGGAAACGAGCGCGAUCUUGACGAGUCGAUUGAGAUUGGCCUACGAAUAGUUAAAAAAACAUCCCGGGGCGACGGCCCGUAUAAACGAAGAGUAGACUUUGCGUUACUUCGCCUUUUAAUGCGACUCCGGGGACAUUGGACGUUGCAGGAUGCUCGAUUGUCAGUACCGUUAGCAAGAGAGAUGAUCAUCCUUUCCCAACCUAAGUCAGCGAAGAUGGAAUAUUCUCUCACUUUAUCCGGGCUUCUAGGUGAGAUGGCCCAGCAUAGCCACGGAAGCGAAGGUCUGGAUGAAGCUAUCACAAUCUAUGAAGGCAUUCUUUCUAGUAGCAGUGCUGAGCUCCCCAAUUGGAAACGAGCAGGGUUACUGAGUGACUUGGCCGCAUGUUUUGCUCUGCGUCACCGUAACAAGCGCUGCGAGGAGGAUGUUAACAAAGGGAUUGAUUAUAUGGAGGAGGCGCUGGAGUUAAUGAACCGUAAAGAUAAGAGCGGGAAUCGUCCACGAAUACUGAAUAACUAUGCAGAUCUUCUUCGAGACAAAUAUGAAAUCACGCGAAGCAUUGAUAUUCUAGACAAGUCUGUAAAGAAUUGCCAAUUGUCCGUGGAUCUAUCAAAGCCUGAAGAUCCGAAAAGCAUGAUAUACAGACACAAUCUUGGUCAAAAGCUCCACGAGCGCUAUGAACAUACCAAGCACCUAGCGGACCUAAAUAACUCUAUAGAGAUCGCAGAGGACAUUCAUAAAUCUACGCUCCCUAAAAGCUUAUUCAGACCACAGAUUCUAAAUGCUCUAGGCUGCCGUCUCAAAACAAGAUAUGGCCGGUUAAGACAACCCGAAGAUUUGACUCAGGCCGCGAGAUUCCAGAGUUUGGCGCUCGAGAAGCUACCUCCAAAUCAUAAAGAGCAAGCAAUAUACCUUUUAAACAUGAGCACAGUCCUGCGAUCGCAGUAUAAGCAGGAGGGCAAUUUGGAUUAUUUACACAAAGCCAUUGAUCAUGCGCGACGGGCUCUAGGCCACGCCGCCCCCGAUUCAUGGAAUUAUAGUACUUGGAAGAACCACGUUGGAUCUACUCUAGAAACGCUCUAUAAGGCUAUCUCAUCCAGGGAAGGCGCAGCAUUUGACGAUGCAAAGGCUGUGCUCUUAGAAGCAAUUGAUUGUUCUCGGGAAGCGGUGAAAGAGUCUCAGAGUCACAGCCCACGGCUAGCACACUAUUACCUUGUUCUUGGUAGGCUAUUCUACCGCCUAUACAAGGUCACAAGAAUGCCUAGCCACCUUGAGCAGUCGACCAACUACUAUAUCCAAAGCUAUGAGAGCCCCAUGGGUGCAACCUUAUCUCGAAUCGGUGGAGCAAUGGGAGCCGCUCUUAAUUUGACAGCAUUUGGGCAGACCGAUUGGAAAAGGGCAGCUCAGUAUCUUGAUCCAGCCUUAGAUCUACUCUCGAGUGUCGUCGUCCGCUCGAACGUCGUUGAAGAUCAUAUUGACAACCUCGAAAACGUCUCAAAAUUCCCACCGAUCGCGGCUUCAGUUGCCAUCAAAGCUGGACGAUCCAGCCACGAAGCAUUGCAAAUUUUAGAACGGUCAAGUGGCAUGAUCGCAGCACUCACUAUAAAUGCUGAAGAUACUCUACGUGAUAUUCAGAGAAGCGACCCUGAGCUUUACGAGAGGUAUGAAGACCUGUUAAAGUCUACUCUGAGCCAGAACUCGUUACCCGAAGAGAGAUACCCGCUAUAUUCUGAUAUUGUCUGGCGCCGAAGGGAAACUGCUAAGUACCUGGAGGAGGUGGAAAAUUUCGUUCGCCAGGAAAAUCGUACCACAUCCAACUCCGAAGUCAUGUCUAAACCCGAUUUUCUCCAACUAGCCGCUGGCGACUAUUUGGUUACCUUUAAUCUCAGCUAUGCAGGAAGCCACGCAUUUCUGGUAUCCGAUGACAUCCGAACCAUUGAGCUUCCUGGUUUUGGUUUAAAGUUCGUGAAGAGGGUGAUAAGUCUUUUCCCAUCUUCACGUCGGCAACGUAACGGAGAUGAGAUUAUUGACGACGAUAUCCCGGAAGCUCCAACUAGAGACGAUCUGGUAAAAAAUGCCAUGGAUGACUUAUGGAACCUCGCGGUCAAGCCAGUUCUCCUCGCUUUAGGGAUAUUCUCUGGUCCGUCCGAGCGAUUACCUUGUGUCCGAUGGGUUGGGGGUGGAAUCGCGUCCCUGUUACCCCUUCAUGCUGCGGGGGAUAACUCUCCCGGAAGUACGGAUAACGCAUUUUGCAGAGUCAUUUCCUCUUAUGCCCCGACGUUUAAGUCGCUUGCAUUCUCGCGCCACAAAAUGAACGCUGUUCAAGAGCUUACUAAAACAAGUAUCCUCACUGUCGGGAUGCCCGUAACUCCGGGUUACGAUAAUAUCAAUGCUAGAGAGGAAGUCGAGGCAAUCGAGAAGCAUUUCGGAUCAAAAGGCUCCGUGAUGAAGCUCUGGACCCCUAGAAAAACUGAAAUUCUUAAACACCUUAAGGAUUGUAGUAUGGUACAUUUUGCUUGCCACGGCAAAGUGGAUUUAGCUGCCCCGAGGAGAAGUUGCCUCAUUGUGGGUCAGGACGGGAAGGAAGAGCUUACUGUUGCCGAUAUCAAUGCAGUUGAAGGACUAACAGCGCAUAUUGCCUACCUCUCUGCCUGUUCUACUGCAGAACUAGAUGCUGAUUCAUUACUCUAUGAGGGCAUACAUCUCGCCAAUUCAUUCAAUCUGGCAGGCUUUCACCAUGUUAUUGGCACAAUGAUGAAAGCAGAUGAUAAGCCGGCAGUGCUCAUAGCAAGCAAGUUCUAUGAACUUUUACUGCGACACGAAGAUUGGAGGUCUUGCAAUAUUCCGCAAGUUCUACAUGAUGCUGUUGAGGAAUAUAGGAAUGCUGAUAAUAACAGCACGAGAAUCUUUAGUUGGUGCCCGUUCAUUCAUAUUGGUAGCUAG